AGCAACGCGUUCCAGUUCGAUGGCCAGCAAUGAAAGUCUCACAGAUCUUACAGUAUCUGUAGCAUCAGAGGAGGAAAGAGCCCACAGCAACUUGAUGAUGAUUAUUGCCACCUUGACCUGGGUGCUGCUCAGCAUUAUAACUCUGUUCAUUUACUGCUGCAACUAUUGGCAGGUGCUCAGGUCGAGGCCGCAUCGCCACCAGAGAGAAUCCGAAUCUGAAGUCCAACAAAACACCCUGCUCUCAUUGGAUAAUUAGCAGGGCCCUAAAGAGUCGACCAAUCGACCAUGAUUAGAAGGAUUAUUGCCAAAAGGGGGAAAACCACAAUAAAGGAAGCGAGAAGCAGUGCAACAGCUGUCGGCGAUCAUCUUUUCGGCACCGGCCAUAUGGCCGUGCGCAGCAGCAGCUUCCAUUUCCAUUUUCCAUUUCCGUUUCCGUUAAGUUAAUUCCACACGACAGCAGCAAAACAGAAAAGAAAAAACCCAA